AAGAGGAGGAGAUGACGCCAGCAGAGGCUGCAGAGAUGCUAACAGCACCGACACACACACUGACAGCAACCAAAGCUAACUGCUAACACACAGACAGACCGAGAGAGAGAGAGAGAGAGAGAGAGACAGGUGGAGGGAGGCUGAUUCUGGCUGUGCACACAAACACACACACUGAGCUACAGUGAAGCUAACUGCUGAUAGCAUGUUGUGGAGGGGAAGCUAACCUAUUGACACACACACACAUACACACACACACACACACACACACACACACACACACACAUACACAGCAAUGCAGUGCUGGAGGCUUUCUAUUGGAUGAUGUAGUCAGCCUUCAGAUUGACAGACAGCUCAGUGGGCGGGGCCAAGCCGGCAGGUGCAGGUGUGAUGUCAAAGCGAGGAAUUGGGGGGCGGGGGAAAGGGGAGCGACCGGACGCCAUGGCAACCCUUCAAUCAGCCAAUGAUGAGCUUCGAGCCAAACUGACAGAAAUCCAAAUAGAACUACAACAAGAGAAGAACAAGGUGAGUCGUCUGGAGAGAGAGAAGAGUCAGGAGCUGAAGGCCGAGCACCACCGAGCCACGGUGGCUCUGACGGAGCUGAAAACCAAACUCCACGAGGAGAAGCAGAAGGACCUGGCCGUGACCAGAGAGACGCUGCUACGACAACACGAGAUGGAACUGAUGAGGGUCAUCAAGAUCAAAGACGGAGAGAUCCAACGUCUGAAUGGACUGGUGCUCACGCUGCGGGACGGGUCCACGGACAAGGUGAGGAGCGCUCUGCUGGCGGAAGUGGAAGAGGCAAGGAGGAGCUGGGAGGCAGAGCGUUGUCGCCUCCAGCAGGAAGUUCAGGAGCUAAGAGGAGCUAAGAGGUUCACAGAGGAGGCUCUGAUGUCAACUCAGCAGGCCUGUCAGGCCCGAGCAGCCGAUCUGCGAUCGGCUCAUCACCAACAUCAGGAGGUGCUGAACAGAACCAAGAGAGACUGCGAGAGGGAGAUCCGCCGACUGAUGGAUGAGAUAAAACUGAAGGACCGAGCGGUCAGUGUUUUGGAUAAAGCGCUGGGGCUGCAGGCUGGACAUGCUCACCGCCUGCAGCUGCAGACUCAGGCAGCAGAGCAGCAAAUCGCAGCCCUGAGAGACGCCCAGAGGGUGGGGACAAACCAGCCCAGUCACACCCCUAGCCCCGCCCCUAACACUGCUCCUCACAUUGAGGACCGGGACACCCGGAGGUUUCAGUUGAAAAUUGCUGAGCUCAGCGCCAUCGUCAGGAAGCUGGAGGAUCGAAACGCACUGCUGUCUGAAGAACGCAACGAACUGCUGAAGCGUCUGCGAGAGGCGGAGAGUCAGUUUCUUCCUCUUCUGGACAAAAACAAACGACUGAGUCGGAAGAACGAGGAACAGGCGCUCGCACUGCGUCGCCUCGGCAACAAGCUGCAGUUUGUCACCCAGGAGAACCUGGAGAUGGUAGCUAUGGUAACCCACACUAGACGACCCAGUUCCCUAAACGACCUGGACCGCAGCCACUCCACCAGCUACCAUGGCUACAGCCAGGAGGACCGAGAGAUGGAGUUUCUGCGGUUACAGGUUCUGGAGCAACAGCACAUCAUCGAUGACCUGUCCAAGGCUCUGGAGACUGCUGGUUAUGUAAAGAAUGUUAUAGAGAGAGACAUGUUACUGAGAUACAGACGUCAGGACUCAGUGAGGAGGAAACGAACCUUCAGAGCCUGCAGGGUCAUAGAGACGUUCUUUGGUUAUGAUGAAGAAGCGUCGGUUGACUCUGAUGGAUCGUCUUUGUCUUUUCACACCGACAGAACUCCAGACACUGAACCAGAGGAGACGUCUGUGCGUGAGGAGGCGGAGCUUCGUUACCGUCAGCUGACUCAGGAGUACCAGGCGCUGCAGCGAGCUUAUGCUCUCCUGACGGAGACAAGUGGAGGAAACUACGAUGCAGAGAACGAGAUCAAGACAAGAGAGCAGCUGUUGACAGAAAUUAACCGAUAUCAAAGUCGAGUCAGUGACCUGGAGACAGCGCUAACACAACAAGGACUGGAUGUGCAGUGGGUGGAGCAGAAACAGUCUCUCUAUCAGAGGAACCAGGAGCUCGUUGAAAAGGUGAAGCUGAUGGAGGCUGAAGAGCUGCGACUGAAAAACGACAUUCAAGACGUCAGAGAUCAAAACGAACUGCUGGAGUUCAGGAUCCUAGAGCUGGAGGAGAGGGAGCGACGUUCACCUGCCAUUAACUUCCAACAACUCCAUUUCCCAGAAGGCCUCAGUCCUCUGCAGAUCUACUGUGAGGCAGAGGGCGUCACAGAAAUUGUGAUCUGUGAGUUGAUGAAGAAACUGGACAUUCUGGGAGAUAACGCCGUAAGUAAUCUGUCCAAUGAGGAGCAGGUGGUGGUGAUUCAUGCCAGGACUGUGCUCACGUUGGCAGAGAAGUGGCUGGAGUCCAUUGAAGUGACAAAGUCAUUUCUACAGCAGAAGAUGUUGGACAUCGAGAGUGAGAAGGAUCUGUUCAGUAAACAGAAAGGUUAUCUGGACGAGGAGCUGGACUACAGGAAACAGUCGAUGGAUCAGGCUCACAAGAGGAUCCUGGAGCUGGAGGCCAUGUUGUUUGAGGCUCUGCGGCAGGAGGAGUUAUCCAGGAUAGAGGGAUUCAAGAUGGACGACAGUCGUCUCUCUGAAACACUAACGGAGGAGGAGAGGGAGGGGCUAAGGAGAGCCAUGGACCAAUGGAAACGAAGUGUGAUGUGUGAACUGAGAGAACGAGAUGCUCAGAUUCUCCGAGACAGGAUGGAGAUACUGCAGCUGACGCAACAGAGAAACAAGGAGCUGGAGGAGUUCAUAGAAAAUCAGAAACGACAGAUCAAAGAACUGGAGGAGAAGUUCCUCUUCUUGUUUCUCUUCUUCUCUUUGGCCUUCAUCCUCUGGUCCUAACAGCAGCUGUCAGCUUUUUUCUCAGAGGCUUGUCUCAGCAAGGAUCCAGGGUUUGGAACCAGCAGCUCACUGACGGAGGCACAUUGGCCUGCCCCGACUCCUCAGCCAAUCAGAUCAGAGUCCAGCUGUCACCUGACUGCACCAUAACAUCCUCCCAGAAUUCCACUGUGCUGCGUUUGAUGAAGAGAAUGGUUUCCUCUUCCCCUUUUUGACCUGAUGUGCAGCUGGCAAACACAUGGUGGCGUCAGUGAGUCACUGGAUUAUCAUGGUGCUGGACUGAACUAUUUAUUCAGACUGUUUUUAACCUACCAGCUGUUCUCAGAAACAAACCUGAGUGGAAACAUCUCUAGUUAGUUCAGCCGCUCAGCUGGUUGACCGCAGUGUUGACGUUGUUGUUUGUUAACUGUUAAUGAAAGUCAGAACUCCGACGUGUUGAGAACAAAAAUGAUGGAAAACUAAUGCAAGUUAAUUCAACUUUGUUCUGAUUGGCUGGUGCAUUGUGUAACUUCCCUUGUGGAUCUGAGGUGACAAUGUGUAACCAUCUCAUAGUUUUGCAGAGAAAAUGAACUGGAAGAUGAAGCUGUUCAGAAAAAAAUGAAUCUGAACAUUAUCAAUGAUAAUAAUAUUGAAUAAUAUUAUUCUGAUCAGUGAUAAAAACAAGUCAAGUGGACUUGGUUGAGUUGAGUCGACUUGUCUAUGUCACAUGGAUUUAACGUAACCUGGAUGACUGAGAAUCUCAGAAAUAUUGUGAUCAGUUUCACAUGAGAUGAAAGUUUCAAGAAGAGCAACGUUUCACACAUGAACAGUUCAGCGCUUCACAUCAAUAGUAUAUCAUAUUAUAUUACUGAGAAAAUAAUUUGAUUCUGUAGUGUUCAAGCAUAAAAACAUUUUUUUACUUAUUUUCAAAUCAUAUUGAUUUUUUGUUAAAUUUUGUGUUUGUUUUUCAUGUUCCACCUUUGUUAUUUUCAUCUCAAAUGUAGUAGAAAUGGAAAAACAUGAAAAUAUUUAAUAAUCGACUGAAAUAUUGAAUAUUUCUCUGAUUUUAAACCGAAGCAGAAUUAUAACAUGUUUUAAAAAAUGGAUCCUGCUGUUGAACUUUUCUGAUUCCAGAUGGUAUUUUUUUAUCCUGCGAGUCUGAA